AGUCCGUCCGCUGAGCCGGGCGCGGGGCGCAAGAGCGGAGCUGCGCGGGCCGCUGUGGAGGGUAGGGCUCCUAGCCAAUUGGGGUCUUUGAGGCGAAUGCGAGGCUGGGGCCGGUUGCCUACCGGCCGCUUCUCGCCGAUGCAGUCCAGACUUUUCCCCCGGCGGUGGCCGCUCCAAGACAGCAUCUGUCAACGCUCCUCUUCUCCCCUCCUCCUCCUGCCGGGCCGGGCUCCGCCGGCUGCGGCCGAGAGGACGCGGGACCCGGCGCGGUGAGCCCAUCAGCUGUCAGGCGAGCGGCGAAGCGGCCGGAGGGCGGCGAGAGACACACAAAGAACGCGGUGGGCGGCGGCGGCGAAAGGGGACGGCAACUCCUCCCUGCGCCCGCCGGUGCCACCGCCGGCCGUGCUUGUUCCGAGGCCGCGCAGACAAUGCGGCCGGGCUCGGCCCCGCGCGCCCCAGAGUGCGGGGCGCCCGCGCUCCGCCGACCCCAACUUGACCGUCUCCCGGCUCUCCCGGCUCGCCCAGCCCCCUCCCGGGGUAGGGGCGACCCCUCGCUCCGGUGGCCGGCGAAGGAAGUCGGUCCGCGGCCGCAGAUCCCGGCAACUUGCGAGCCGGGAAAAGUUUGCGGCGCCUCCGCGGGGCGGCGCGACGCGGCCCGCCCCUCGCGUCCGCGGUCACCGCGGGUGACUUUCUCGACUCGUCGUCAGCCGGGGCCGCAGCGCGGCCGGCGGGGACUGCGGGGAGGGCCGGAGUCCGUCCGAGGGCUCCCGCACCUCGGGCUGCGGCACCAGACAUGUUGGCAUCAUCUCUUAGUUGGGCCCUGUGGCCAGGGAACCCUUCAUGAAACCACCUCUGCAGUCCUGGAGAGUUGCUGUAGAAGAAGGAAAAGAGAGGAAGACAACACAACACAGGAGGGGAUAAGUACCUCGGGACACAAUGGAAGUGGUAGUUGUUGAGCAGAGGGAAAGGGAUAGGAGAAGGAUGUGGACUGCAGUGCUGCAGUGCCAGGUAAUAACUUUGAUCAUGUACCUCCUUGGCUCAGGUGCUGUCUCUUCUACUCUCCUCCUUACUUGUACUACCUUAUUUAGCACUUAAUUAUAUACUUUCUUGACUCACUUUGAGACACACUGAUUAUGUGGUCUGCCUCAAAGACAGAAUCCUAGUUUUGGAUUUUAGCAUUACUGAUCUGUAGCCUUGCAGGGGCUUAAGGAUGGCAGCUGUCUCUCUCCCUUGGGAUCUAGCUUUUGCAAAUAUUGAAGGGAAGAGAUUUCUUUGAUCUUAUAGGAAUAGAUCCACAGUUCAUCUCCAGAUUUGCUUUUAUAGAGAAGUGUGUGUCACCAAAACAAUGGAGAUACGGUCAGAGAGGCCCCUACCCCCAGAAUUUUAAUGUAAUUUUACUUUCUGGGGCAUUUAUUCUUGACAAAUACUUUCUCUCCUAUCAGCUCACUUGUUCCUCACAAAAACCCUAUAAGAUAUUAAUAUUAUUAAACAGACCCCUAUGAAGCACCUCAAGUCUUUCUCUCUUCCCACUUCCAUUCUUGCACACCUUUUGCUAGACUAGUCUCUGCGUUCAUCACAUCAGGUUUCUAAAAUAAAAGUCCCCUAAUAACUUUCUAUUUGCUCUCUCAUCAAAUUGAACCUUUUUUGCCUGGCUUAUAAGGUGGCCUUAAAACCCCAUUUUCCUCUAAACAUUGUCUCUGUAGUUCAGGAACAUGGCAGGCUCAACACUAUGCAUGAGCCCAUAUUGCUUCACUCAUUAGUGAUGCCUCCUCUCAAACCACCCAGAUUCUACUCAUUCUUCAAUUUCCAGCUUCUCCUUGGAGCCUUCCCAGAUCAUUAGCUUCUUAAAAAUCCCCGCUUUCUCUGAAUUUUGAUGGUAGCCCCCGUUAUUUGGACAAUUAUGUCCUGGUCUUAAAGUCUUAAUGGAAAAAAAAAGUAUAUGAUGGACUUCAUGUAGACAAGAAAGCACUGGACUGAGUUUUAAGACAGCUGCUAAGGAGCUGUGUGAGCCAAACCAGGUUACUUUACCUCUCUGGAUCUAUAUUUGCUGCUCUGUUAAGUGGAGAGGAUUGGGUCAGAUAAUCUUGGUGGUCUUUGCUUAUUCUGAGGUUCUUGGACAACUUGGCCUAGUUCACGUGGGAUGGGAUUGAAGAUCUUACUGAGUUCUUGGAUGGAAAUGUCAGUAAUGGGCACUUAGUGCCUUCAGGACUUGUUCUAUACUAUCCCAGAAAUUUCUGAUGCUAAACUUGGCAAUUUUUAAAUGCCAUAUUCCUUUUCUCCAAACUCUUUAACCACAACAAUUCAGGGAAGGUUAAUGGGGGGUGACUUAGUUAUCUGGAUAAUACGUAUUGUGGACAAUAUAGCAUUAUCCUUGGGAAUGAUUUCAUAUUGUUGAAUAAAUAGGAUCAACUUCUUGAUAAACUUUAGUCCUAAGCAUUUCAUCUUCAUUGGAUAGUGUUACAUAGUAAUAUAUUUAUGUUUUCUUUUAAUCAUUUCAUAACUUGGAAAAUACUAACGUAGUCAAAACUCUAGGGUAGGUGAUACAUGAGUUUCUGUAGUAAUCUGGUUGGAGACAUGUUGUAAUGCUGUAUAUAUAUGUACAUUUAUCCCAUGCAUGUUAUGCCUAAACUAAGACGGAUACCCCUGAAUUAAGAGGUGCUGUUAUACAUUGACCAGGCUUAAGAAUAUCUCUUUAAAGUGUGUCGACAUUUAAUUGACCUUUGAAAGUUCAUUCUGUUAAUCAUACUCAAAGUGCUAAAGCUAUGGUUGACUGCUCUGGUGUUUUUAUAUUCAUUCGUGCUUUAGCAUAUAAAUUCUUCAGCAUAAUUGCUACUUAUUUAGCAAGAGUUUCCUUUAUUUGAAAAUGUGAGUUGUGCUUGUAUUUUUGUGUCUUUCUUUCUUUCUUUCUUUUUUUAAACUUUGCUUCAGGCUGGGUAGUGGUAGAGGUUUGAAUUAAAAUGUUUUCCUGUCAGUAGUUGUAUGAGGUGUGGCUUCUUAAUCUAGAAGUAAUGGAAAUUUCUUGCUUAAAUGAAGUGCACUUUUCUUCCUGCAGAAGUUAGAACUCUUUUAGACAAGCUUAACACUUCAAAACUGUAUAUCUUUAACAGAAACUUUUGGAAAUUUUUAAAUUCCAUUUGUGUAGAUUAAAAAUAUCAGUGCUAAUACUUUCUAUUAAAUAAGGAUUUAUCUAUUUUCAUAAAACCUCUAAUUAUAUUCCUUGAAUUGCUAUGAGUAGAAUUUUGUUGUAAACACAAUAUUUUUAAAAAGUCAAAUACAUUUUAAAAAUCUUAACAUUAUAUUACUAUAACUUAGAGAACAGGUGUUUACAUGUUUAAAAUUUUCUAGGCCUUACAUUUGUGAAAUCAGUCUUUCAGAAGUUAUUUUUAAUAUAGUUAGCUGUGUUACAGGUUUAUAAGUUGGCAUUUCAAUUUAAAAUUUUUUCAAUUUAUAUUUCAAUGACCAGGAAAAAAUAGUUAAACUUAUUCCUAAAUUCUAAUAGAAAAAUAAAAAACCACAUAGUUGUUAAUUUCUGGUAAUUUAUCUUGAGACUCCAGGCAUGUUUUUAGAACGUUUUUACCUUAAAAGCAAUUUUAAAAUAGGGAAAUUAAAGUUUAAAGCAGAGUUUUCACUUUAAUGAGGUAAUUUUAUACUUCCCAGAUAGGUAGGCCCAUAUUCAAGAUCACUCUGAUUUCUGUUUAUAGUAAGUUUUGAUGCCAUUAUAUCAUUUACUUAUUCACGCAUUAUAAGCAUAGUAGAUAGCCCCAUUGUCACGAAGCUGGCAUUAUUUUCUUGUCUGUCAUUCAAUAUUGUCCCCUUUUUUUUCUGUUUUCAUCGUAGCCAUCCUUUUCAUUUUAUUGUAGCCCUGACUCGAAAUGAAAGUAAGUUUGUUCCUCUUAAACAUUUCACUUCAAACUCUUUUUUAAGAAUAUACAGUGAAAUGUCUUAAAUAAUAUUAUCUAAAUAAUACCUAAAGAAUGCAAAUGACUUGCAAUGCUGAAUAGUCAGACACAGGAUGUUCCAUGCUAAGGGUAGACUCAUAUUUCCACUUUAUAAAAUGUGGUUUCAGAAAAUAAAUAGAUAUGUUUCUUCCUUAAUAAUUAGUGUUUCAAGACCAAAGUUGACUAAAUAUGGAAGUUUAAGAUAAAGCCCGGUUUCUUAGGGAAUCUUUCUCAGUCCUUAGUAAUUCUGUAGAAUUGAUGAUAGAGUGACAACUUCAAUACACUCAGUAUUCUUUUCUGUUUGAAGUCUGUGUUGCCAUUGGAAAAAACUUACUGUCGUUUGAAUUUGGAUAUAUGUAUUCACAGAUGGUUUACUUUAUUUUUAUUUUAUUUAAACAAAUACUUUCAUGUCCCAAACACUGAGACAUGUUUCGUGUCCUAAACACUUUAUAAAUAUUAGAAUAUUUAAUCCUCUUAACUCUGUAAUUAUAAUUAUCUUCAUUUUACAAUUGAGAAAACUAAGAUACGAAGUUUUAUUUAAUGGUAAGGCCUUAAGUAAGGGGAGAGUGAUAAGUGUAAGCAGAGUGGAAAACUUAGUAGUGCUAAGGAGCAACAGAAGUAUGUGCAAGAGUUUGGGAAGAUGUGUCUGCUUGGAAAGGAUCAGGGACUCAGCUGGGAGCAGUCUUAAAGAGCAACAUGUCCUCAUUCCUCAAUUUUAAGCCUUUGGGCUCUAGAAGUAAAGGGCAAACUGAGAAAGAGGAGGCACUCCUCAGGUUUCAGCUGCCUGUUCCGGCCUGGUGAGGUGGCUGUACUGGCUCAUGUGUUUCUCAUAGGGCUACAUAAGCCUUUAUGUCUUACCUCCUCCUCAUUUCUUGGCUGACUCCUGCUUUUUUGGAGGGUUUAACUUCUCUCUCAGCUAGAAGGCUAGGCAUUGCAAAUACCAGUGGAUAAUUUUUUUUCUUAGCUUUAACCCCAGCCCAUUUCAACCCCCUUUGCCUUUUGUAUAUUUUGAAAAUAUGAUCCAGUAGUGUUUAUGAAUGUGUGUUGUGUAAAAUUUAGAGAUUGAUGUUAAACAACAGAAUUAAAGGACAAAGCUGUCUUUUUUGUUGGAAUUGGGGAUGGGAGAGCAGCUCAAAGUGGGAAAUAUGGAGAAAGGAGAGACAUUGUGGAAAAGAAGAGAUAUAUUGAGGGGAAAAAAAGAGGGUGAAAAAAUGAAGAGAGAGAAUUACUGAUGUGCUUCACACCCACACCUCCUCUCCAACUUCACAGUAACAGAGGCAAUGUCACUAUCUUUUACCUGACAAGUGCUUUACCAGGGAGUUGUGCCUGGCAUCGUGGGAGUGGAAAAUUUUUCCCUUUUGCAUUUUGAGACUUGGGUGUGCUGCUUUAAGAUGCCACUGGUAUCUAAGUAAUGUUUGUUUAUACUGGAUAUUUUUCUCUGUAGCCUUUGUGGAUUGGACUUAUAAUAUAAACAAUAUUGUUAGCAGAACUGCAGGUACUCUAUUGCUAUGUUUAUUUUAUUAGUUAAAAAACUACCAGAGCCCUAGGACUUCUGAGCACGUUUAGAAAAUACCAGAGGCAAUUUUAAGACUAGCAUUAGAAAGAAAGAAAAAAAUAAGAAUAAAACUAAGACUUGCAUACCUUAGAAUCCUAACCAAUGUGGUGAUUUUUAAAAAUUAAUGUUUCAGAGACUCUAAAUUACGGUAGUUGGUUUCAUCAAUUACAUUUUUUAAGUUAAUAUAAAGUGCUUUUGUAUGUAAGUUCUGUUAAUAGAUAAUUUAGGUAAAAUGAAAGUGUGGCAUUUUUUGUUCCAUAGAAUGUAAAACUAACGUCAGAAUAAGAAUUCUUUUGGGAAUUUAGGAUUUUUUUGAUGCUUCUCAAAUCAUCUGUAAUGACUUUUAUUUAUAGAAAAGGUAGAUUAUUCAUUAGUUUUUAUGAAAAACACUCAGUUUAAAUAGCCGGGCAUGGUGGCGCAUGGCUGUAGUCCCAGCUACUCAGGAGGCUGAGCACGAGAAUUGCUUGAACCUGUGUGGCAGAGGUUGCAGUGAGCCAAGAUCGCACCACUGCACUCCAGCCUGGUCCAGAGUGAGAUUCCCGUCUCGAACAAAACAAAACAAAAAUAUUGAGCUAAUCUAAAUGGUAAAAAUCUAGAUUUGAAGAAAUUUAUUUUAAAAUAGUUGUUCAUUUGUCAAAUAGAAAAGUAUGAUCUUAGCAGGUUUGGUUAGAUCCCUAUCUGAAACAAAGUAAACUAAAGAUGUUUUUCUUGAUCAAUGCAUAGCAAUAACUGCUGUUCAAACAUGUGAGGAAUCACCAGUAAAUUGGGGGAUAGAAAGCAGGAAAAGGAGCUUUUUUUUCUUAUUUUUUUUCAUUUAUCAGUUUUUCCCGUUUGUCCAUCCUUUCCUAUAAUCGUGGAAAUUUUUAUUUUUUACACCCCUCUCCCCAUUUGUUUAUCCUAGAUUGCCACCACACCAAGGUUUUCUAGAGUUAGGCAGAAAGAGAACCUGGGCCUAGAUGCUAAUGGAAACUAUCCCAUGCUUUCUCAGACUCUCUUUCCUCCCCAGAGACAAGAGGAGCAAAACAGGAGUUGAUGGCUCAUUGCUGUUGCUUCUGUGGCUGCCCUGUUUGGUUGACCUGAGCUUUUUUAAAAAACCUCCACUCUUGACGCUUAACUCUACGAAUAAAAUUAGGGCCAGUCACACUGUAUUUUCAUCAUCAGUUAUCCCUAGUGAUUCAAAUUUAGCACAAACCUACUGUGAUACAUAUUAAUUAGGUGAAUACAGUAGAAUGCAAUCAUAACAUGAGUCUUUUAAUAACUAUUCUUUGUUUGAUUUUUAUUUUAGAAGUUUGAAAUUAUUUUGUUGAAAAUCUAGAAAAUCUUUAUGUGAGCAACUGAGGUUCGGGUAGCCCACAACAGUUUAAAUCAAACAUUAACUUGCUGUAAAACACUACUGAAAGUGUCUUUGAUUUUGAGGUGCAGAGAGCUGUUUCAAGUUAAGUUGCUAUAUUAGUCUAUUCUCAUGCUGCUAAUAAAGACAUACCUGCAACCGGGCAAUUUAUUAAAAAAAAAAAGAGGUUUAAUUGACUGACAGUUCCACAUGGCUGGGGAGGCCUCACCAUCAUGGUGAAAGAGCAAGGGAUGUCUUACAUGGUGGCAGGCAAGAAGUUUGUGCAGAGGAACUCCUGUUUAUAAAACCACCAGAUCUCGUGAGACUUAUUCACUACCAGGAGAACAGGAUGCAGGAAACCACCUCGGUGAUUCAAUUAUCUGCACCUGGCCCCACCCUUGACACAUGUUGAUUAUUACAAUUCAAGGUGAGAUUUGGGUAGGUACACAGCCAAACCAUAUCAGCUGCCCAUUCUCCUGUGCAGUGACAUAAAGGUCUGAUAACCUGAUUUAAAGCUUGGACUCUAAGAUUUUGUUUUUUCUUUUUUUGAGUCAGGUUAUCUCUGUCGCUCAAGCUGGAGUUCGGUGGCAUGAACAGGGCUCAUUGCAGCCUCAACCUUCCAGGUUCAAGUGAUCCUCCUGCCUCAACCUCCUGAGUAUCUGGGGCUACAGGCAUGUGCCACCAUGCCAGGCUAAUAUUUUUAUUUUUAUUUUUGUAAAGAUGGGGUCUCACUUCUGGGCUCAAGCAAUCUUUCCUCAGCCUCCCAAAGUGCUGGGAUUAUAGGUGCGAGCCACUGCACCCUGCUGUAAAGAAUUUCAUAUCCCUGUUUUCGGUGUGCUGUGUCACUGUUUGCCAUGGGUAAAGGUAUAUGAAUCUCUUUUAUUUUGCUGCUUGCAACCCAAUUCCCAUGCCAAACCCAAUUUGUAUCCAAACAAACAAUAUUGGAGACAAGUUCUUCUAUAGAAAGCUUCAUAAGCCAGUUACUGACUACUGUGUCUGUAAAUAUACUCAAACUAUUUUGUAGUCUUGCUAUUUUAAAAAAUGUGUGGGUGUGGGAAGUGAUGUUGAAUGAAUUCAGGGUAAUUGGUGGUUCUUUGUAUUAGGAAAACUCACUAGUUAAGGGAAGUCUGUUUUCAUGAUUCAUGUAUGUUUAACUUAAAAAAAAAAAUUCUUCCAUCCUUCCUUCUCUCCAGUUUCCACUCUACCUCAUAAAUUCAAGUAAUGAAGGAAUUUAAAUAAUAGAAUUUUAUAACUGAAAGGAUUUUGGAGAGAAUCUAUUAACCCUCCUACUACAGUUGAGGAAAUAGAUGUCCAGUGAGGUCAAAUGAGAUCAUGUAGCUAGUUUAAAAACCCAAAUAACAUUUUAGUAGUUUGUUUCCAUUAGUAAACACUGUUCUGUUUAAUUUGCCCUAACAUGUUCAUAAUCAGAGUCAUAAUAAGGAAAAAUCACUAAUAUGUGUGUGGUACUUUCUUGUGCAUACCUCAGUCACUUCUCAAAAAGAGGUCUGUAAGGUGUUGGUAUCCUGGUUUCCAUUCAGGGAGAGAACAGUCUAUGAGCCUAAGAGACCUGUCUGUGCCAGUCACUAUCAAAACAGUCUAAUGCUAUGUGUCUUCCUACCUUGGCAAAAGCAUUGGCUGGUCUCUGGACAGUUCUCAUAGACCACAGGAUUGGGCAGGGGGGAGCCACAUCUUCAUGUUAGGGCUCUAACCUGUACCAAUCAUUAACUGUUGUCUCUAUUUCAUCACUUCUUAAAGGGGAAAAAAAGCACUUUUUAAAGAGCGUGAGAUUUUAAAUUAUUCAAAAGAAGGAUGCUGGAAUCAUUAUAAGUAAGGCGUGUUUUAAAGAUCUUCUUAUCAACAGCUUAAAAAUUAGCCAGUAUGUACUGAACAUCCACUGUAUAAAAAGCACAUUAUGGGGUGCUCCAGUAGGUACAGCAGUGAUCGAGACAGAAUCAUAGCCUUCAGGGAAGAGGUAUAUGCAAUGUUCUCUCCUUCCAAAGAUUACCUAGAUAGAGAACUGUUCAUAAGAAAUAUCUUGGUACUGUCUACGUUACUCUUGAGAUAUAAAAUAUGUAUUAUUUCUUACGUCUGAAAUGAGUCAGUUGUUUCUAAAACAAUUUGUAUUAAAGUAUUCACAUUAAAAAAUUUGUAAAAUACAGAAAAGUAGAGAGAAAAAAUCAUGAAUUUUUAACAUGGUAAUGAUUAUAUCAGUUUCGUUCUUGGCGUUUCUUUAACUUGAUGGGAUAGCUAAUGUUUUUUGUCAUUGCAUAGCUUUGUAAACUUGUCCUAAGGAUUAUAUAAUUUCAGCAUGGGUUAGUUUCUAAGUAUGUCAGAAAUCUAGCUUUUUUGUGGUAAUUAUUGUUGUUUUACACAAAAUGAUUAAUAAAAGACUCUAAACUAA